CUCCCUUUGUUUACAUCGCGCGAAGCCCACGUGGGUGUUUUGUCGUCUGCUCCUCAGUAAGCCUAAAGACUCAAUCGACACAAGAGAGGCAAUUUAUCGCCGUUUCAUUCGAUUUAGUCACAACGGUUAGUUUUGGAGGUGAUUUGGUUGUAAAGACAUUAAAUUGAGUGAUGUCAACAGCUCAACUCCUUCGACCUCAAGAGAAGACAGGCACUUGGGCGUCAAUAUUCCCCAAUGAACAAGUUACAGAGCAGCAGUCUGCCUUGUUUGUCAAGAAGUUACUGGCUGUGGCAAUUUCAAAUGUGACCUACCUGAGGGCCAUAUUCCCAGAGCAUGCUUUUGGAGACAGGUGUUUAGAGGAUUUGAACCUGAAGAUACUGAGAGAUGAUAGUUCAUGUCCUGGAGCAUGCCAAGUCAUCAAAUGGGUCAAGGGCUGCUUUGAUGCUCUAGACAAGAAAUAUCUAAGAAUGCUUGUGAUUGGGAUCUACUUGGACCCAGAUAACCCAGAGACUGUUAUAGAGUCAUACACCUUCAAAUUUUCCUACUCAGCAGAUGGGGGCAUUGAUAUCUACAGGAACAACAAGAAAAUUUCCAGUGCCUACACUGCAGCUGAGACAAGAAAGGCAACAAUCCGUCUUUUGCGCACCAUUGUUGUACUGACCCAAACACUGAAAUCACUGCCUGACGAUGUCAUGAUGACCAUGAAACUACUCUACUAUGAUGAAGUCACUCCUGCGGACUAUGAACCACCUGGUUUCAAGGCAGCUGAGUCGGACGGAUUUAAAUUUGAUGAAGAGCCAACUAACAUAAAAGUUGGAGAUGUCUCUACUCCUUUCCACACUGUAAAAAUGCGUAUCAAGACUGAUGGCAAGCAGUUUGAGAUGAAGGAGGACCCUGCUGAGGAGGAGGAGGUUCACGAAGCGUCUCAGGAGAUCUCCAACAACGGCCUUGAUAACGAAGUCGUUGAUGGCAGCAACACGGCAAAGGAGACAACUGCAGUGUCACAGGAGGAAAGGCAGCUGUCAGAAGAGGGUGAAGGGGUAGUUGAGGAUGUCAGAGUCCCAGAAGUUAGUCCUGCUAAACCAUCCCCCGGUAUUGACACGAAUUCAGCAGAGGUGAUGUCCCUCUCAAGUGAAGUAGCCGCAGACGAGUACAAAGUCCGAUGCCCAUGCGGAUGCAAUGAGGAUGACGGGCUGAUGAUCAUGUGUGCUGUGUGCAAGUUCUGGCAGCAUGGAGUCUGUUUCAUUAUAACUGAGGAGGAGGACGCUCCAGAGGAACACAUUUGUGACGUCUGUGCUACGGCAGUGAAAAUGUGUACCGACCCUCAGCUGUCAGACAUGACUUCAAUAGCUGUACAGGCAACUUGUCUGUGGCGUCGAGCUCUGCUGGCCUGCACGGACAUGAACAGGGUGCUUGCGCCUCAUCUCGCUCGGCGGCUCGGAGUUGAAGUCACAGUGGCACAAGGUCUCAUGAACAGACUAGAGAAAGAAAAAUUCAUCAAAAAUCCGGGGAAGGGCAAGAAACUGGGAAAACUAGUUGACAAGUCAUUGGUGAAGACGGAAGGGAUUAAAAAAUACUUCCAGAAAAAUAAGACAAGAGAACCUCAAGAAUUAGACAAAAAGAAGAACAUUGAAGAACCUCAUCGAAUUGAAGUAAAUGUGGUUGACAAAAAUAACUAUUCAAAGAAUGAGGUUGAGAUGUUGGUGGAACAAACUGAGGGAAUCAGUCUCUGUGGCAGAAGACUCCGGUCAAAAGAUAGUUUGCAGAGCAAGGAAUCAGAGAUAUGUACAGUUACAAAGGAAGUGGAGUCUCACAGAAAGAGGGGAAAGAAGAGAGCUUUCUCAAAAGUAGAUGAUGCAAAUGAGUUUGAGGUGAGUAACAGUCAGGAUAUGGAGGACUCCCGCUGUGUGCAAGCAAGGAAGAAGAAAGCCAGUGUUGUUGCCAAGGCUAUCAUGGUGUAACUGCUAUCAUGGUGUUAUUGAUGUGGUACUGUAGCACAAAGUUCUGGUGAACAAUGAAUCUUAAAGAGGUUGUCCAAGAUUCCUAUCCAAAUAUGUCGUUAGAAUCAGCCAUGUGUAAAUUGUAGAAUGUAGUAAACGUAACUAGUAGUAGAAGUACCACUUAGCUUAUUUAUUGAUAAUACUGUUUGAUCUGAAAUUAACUGGUUACCAGAUUAACAAGAAACAGAUUACUGAUAGAGGACAUAGUAACAGUUGAGACAAAUUUCAGACAAGUUUACCAGAUGAAGGAGAAAGAGGCUGAAUUUGCAAAACAAUAUGUCAUUGGCUCAAAUACAUGUUCUGUAAUAGAGCUGUUAAGACCUUUUCUGUUACAUUUUUACACCUUUGUCCAUAAUGUAGAAGUAAUUUAUCAACUUGUGUUAAAACGUUGUGAAUUUAAUUAUCUCAGUGAUUGUCCAUUACAACAAAAGUUACUUAAUCUAAGAAAAGAUACUUGUUAUUUGUGCAGAAGUUCUGCUCAGUUACCUUCUUGUUAUCAUGAUGUGAUAAUUGUUAUAGCUAUUCAUAACAUUACUUACAUAUUUACAAUAAACAGUUUUCUGUUGUAUUGA